UCCCUCAAGUGGCCUUCAAUCAAUUGGAACAAUGUUUACAGAUUUGGACUUUGAUAUUGAGGAGGAUAAGCUGGGUAUUCCCACUGUACCUGGGACAUUGACCUUGAAGAAAGACAGUCAAAAUCUGAUUGGCAUCAGCAUAGGUGGAGGAGCUCAGUACUGUCCCUGCCUUUAUAUUGUUCAGGUGUUUGAUAACACGCCUGCAGCUCUGGAGGGAACGUUGGCAGCAGGGGAUGAAAUCACAGGUGUGAAUGGGAAGUCGGUCAAAGGGAAAACCAAAGUGGAAGUGGCCAAAAUGAUACAGGUGGUGAAGGGAGAAGUGACGAUUCACUACAACAAACUCCAGGCUGACCCAAAGCAGGGCAAGACCUUGGAUAUUGUGCUGAAGAAAGUAAAACACCGCCUGGUAGAGAACAUGAGUUCAGGGACAGCAGAUGCUCUAGGGCUGAGCCGAGCCAUCCUCUGCAAUGAUGGGCUGGUGAAAAGACUGGAAGAACUGGAGAGGACUGCAGAGCUCUACAAAGGCAUGAUGGAGAAUACAAAAAGUCUUCUCAGAGCAUUCUUUGAGCUGUCUCAAACUCACAGAGCAUUUGGUGAUGUUUUUUCGGUCAUUGGCGUGCGGGAGCCUCAGCCAGCUGCCAGUGAAGCAUUUGUGAAAUUUGCAGAUGCGCAUCGCAGCAUUGAAAAGUUUGGAAUCCGCCUUCUGAAAACCAUCAAACCGAUGCUGACAGAUUUGAACACUUACCUUAACAAAGCCAUUCCUGAUACACGACUAACCAUCAAGAAGUAUUUGGAUGUCAAAUUUGAGUAUUUGUCUUACUGUCUCAAGGUGAAGGAGAUGGAUGACGAGGAAUACAGCUGUAUUGCGCUGGGGGAGCCUCUCUACAGGGUCAGCACAGGAAAUUACGAGUAUCGCUUAAUCCUGCGCUGCCGCCAGGAGGCACGGACACGCUUUGCCAAGAUGAGGAAAGAUGUGCUAGAGAAGAUAGAGCUGCUGGACCAGAAACAUGUGCAAGACAUCGUCUUCCAGCUCCAGCGCUUUGUUUCCACAUUCUCCAAAUACUAUGAUGACUGCUACGCUGUCCUGCGAGAUGCAGAUGUCUUCCCUAUUGAAGUGGAUCUGGCUCGUACCACUCUGAGUUAUGGCCAGAAAGAUGUCUUCACGGAUGGAGCAGAGGAGGAAGAAGAGGAAGGAGGUGGAGGUGGGGAAGGCAACAGAAAGGAGGAAGAGAAUGGUGAGAAACUCAUCGAUGAUGCUUGA